GCGGGGCCUUCUACGUCCGGAAGUCCCCGGAGUUGGUGCCGGGCUUUUCGCGGAGCCCCCACGUCGGCGCGGGGCUUCUAAGCGGGCCGGCGCGCGGGCGGGGGCGGAGGAGUUUUUGCCGGAGCGGGGACCGGGCGGCCCGAGUCCGCAGGGAUGAACCUCGAAUUGCUGGAGUCCUUUGGACAGAACUAUCCAGAGGAAGCGGAUGGAACUUUGGAUUGUAUCAGCAUGGCCCUGACUUGCACCUUUAACAGGUGGGGCACUCUCCUUGCCGUUGGCUGCAAUGAUGGCCGCAUUGUCAUCUGGGAUUUCUUGACCAGAGGCAUUGCGAAAAUAAUUAGUGCACACAUCCAUCCAGUCUGUUCUUUAUGCUGGAGUCGAGAUGGUCAUAAGCUUGUGAGUGCUUCAACUGAUAACAUAGUGUCACAAUGGGAUGUUCUGUCAGGCGACUGUGACCAGAGGUUUCGAUUUCCUUCACCCAUCUUGAAAGUCCAGUAUCACCCUCGAGACCAGAACAAGGUUCUCGUGUGUCCCAUGAAAUCUGCUCCUGUCAUGUUGACCCUUUCAGAUUCCAAACACGUUGUUCUGCCGGUAGACGAUGACUCGGAUUUGAACGUGGUGGCAUCUUUUGAUAGGCGAGGGGAAUAUAUCUAUACAGGAAAUGCAAAAGGCAAGAUUUUGGUCCUAAAAACAGAUUCUCAGGAUCUUGUUGCUUCCUUCAGAGUAACAACUGGGACAAGCAAUACCACGGCCAUUAAGUCAAUUGAGUUUGCCCGAAAGGGGAGUUGCUUUUUAAUUAACACGGCUGACCGGAUAAUUAGAGUGUAUGAUGGCAGAGAAAUCUUAACCUGUGGAAGAGACGGAGAGCCUGAACCCAUGCAGAAGUUGCAGGACUUGGUGAAUAGGACCCCAUGGAAGAAGUGUUGCUUCUCGGGGGAUGGGGAGUACAUAGUGGCAGGCUCUGCCCGACAGCAUGCCCUCUACAUCUGGGAGAAGAGUAUCGGCAACCUGGUGAAGAUUCUCCAUGGGACUAGAGGUGAACUCCUCCUGGAUGUCGCUUGGCAUCCUGUUCGACCUAUCAUAGCGUCCAUCUCUAGUGGAGUGGUGUCCAUCUGGGCCCAAAAUCAAGUAGAAAAUUGGAGUGCAUUCGCACCAGAUUUCAAAGAGCUGGAUGAAAAUGUCGAAUAUGAGGAAAGAGAAUCAGAGUUUGACAUUGAAGAUGAAGAUAAGAGUGAACCCGAGCAAACAGGAGCCGAUGCUGCCGAGGACGAGGAAGUGGAUGUCACCAGCGUGGAUCCCAUCGCUGCCUUUUGCAGCAGUGAUGAAGAGCUGGAAGAUUCAAAGGCUCUGUUGUAUUUACCCAUUGCCCCUGAGGUAGAAGACCCAGAAGAAAAUCCUUACGGCCCCCCACCAGACGCAGUGCAAACCUCCCUGAUGGACGAAGGGGCUAGUUCAGAGAAGAAGCGGCAGUCCUCCGCUGACGGCUCCCAACCACCGAAGAAGAAGCCCAAAACCACCAAUAUAGAGCUUCAGGGAGUGCCCAAUGAUGAAGUCCAUCCACUACUGGGUGUGAAGGGGGAUGGCAAAUCCAAGAAGAAGCAAGCCGGCCGGCCGAAAGGAUCAAAAGGUAAAGAGAAAGAUUCUCCAUUUAAACCGAAACUCUACAAAGGGGACAGAGGUUUACCUCUGGAAGGAUCAACGAAGGGUAAAGUGCAGGCGGCACUCAGCCAGCCCUUGGCAGGUAAGGACACAUUGGGAGCACUGUCUGGCUUGCUUUGUGGCCUUGCUUUGUUCAGCCCCUGACUUCCUUUAACUGCAGCUUUUUUUUUCCUUCUCUCUUGUUCUCGGCAGCAAAUAAUCUCUGAAUGUUAAGCAGCUAAAGGCAGGCUAAGCCAGAAUUGGAUUAAUUCAGUGGUUCUUAACCUUGGGUCUAUAAAUAGGUUUCAAGGGGCCUACGUUUUCCUGAUAACAAAAGAAAAACGUUGUGUGGAGGUUUUCCUGGGGAAGAUGCCCAUAGCUUUCACCCAGCUCCUAUAGAGGAAUCCAUGACCCCAAAGAAUAAGAACCCCUGGUUUAAUCCUUUUCUUCAUCUGUAUUGGCUCUAAGUUUCUUUUGUUUGUUGGGACAUUUUUUUUUUUGUUUCUGUCGUUUUUGCUUCAAAUGAAAGAGCCAAAUACUCAGAAAUGUAAUCUUACCCUUCAGCUUCUAUCUGUUUAACUGUAGCAUCUUCUCUAUGUUGUGUGAACUCCACAGCGGUGGUUGUCUCUGUCUGCGAGUCUAGAAGCAGUGAAGCUCUUAGUAAUACUAUCAUGUUAAGGAGAAAAAGAAGGCUUUCAGUGUUUCUUCCAGUGUCUGAAAGCAGGAGGAGGAAAAGAACCAAAGACCCAAAGUAUUUAAGUAUAUACCAUGUAGUAUGUUAACACCUCAGCCUUUUUUUUUCCUUUUACUUU